AUGGACUCUAGUGACGCUCCGAUCUUUUCUGCCGUCUCUCACUUUACUCACCAACUGUAUAUUAUACUACGAUGUAUUGGUUUUGCUUCUAAAGCUGCGAUACAAAUCACCCCCCAGGGCAUACGCUUCUCCGCCGAAGAUGGGAGGGUCAUGCAAGGCCUCGCGUUCCUCGACAAAACGCUGUUUAUAAACUACGUUUUUAAUCCACCUUCCAGCAACAGUGGCAUGGAUAUUGAUGAAGACGAUGCUGAAGACGCUCCUGAUACCUCAACCUAUCCGCGGUUUUUGAUUUCCCUCACUGCUUUGAUUGAGACCCUCCAGAUCUUUGGGUUGAACGAUUCCACCCAACCCCUGAACCCGAUAUCAAAUCCUAUGACUGGCUCAGCUUCCAACGCCUUCUCGACACCAGCUCUACUACUUAACCGUACCUGUACCAUAAGCUACGUAAGGCCGGGCUCUCCAUUAAGCCUUACCCUCACAGAGGCAGGUGUUACCACGACGUGUGAAUUGACCACGUAUGAGCCCGAUGAUCCAAGCUUUGAUUCUUCAGAAGACGUCGAUAUCCCGCUCCAACGUGACGCUAUUGUUUUCAAAAUUAUAAUGCGCUCACUUUGGCUGCACAAUGCUAUAAUGGAACUGGAUUCGACAAACCCUACCACGCUGACGUUAUCUGCCUCUCCAAAUAAGUCGCCUUAUUUCGCACUUUCUGCCUCCGGAGGUCCAUUUGGUGACUCUACGGUUGAAUUCUCGAUUGAUAAAGAACCAAACCGAUCUACCGACACUACCUACAGGUCCUUCAACGACGAUGGAAGUUCCAAGCAGCCAAGACGCGGCAAGUUAGCGCCCUCCGUUGCAGAAACAUUCUUAGUUCAGCCGCCUGCUUCAAAAACCAGGGUACGUCAGAGCUAUCGAUUCGCCCUUGUUCGAAAGGCGUUACGCGCCAUGGCGGCGUCCAGCAAGGUUAGUAUUCGCGGUGAUAGUCAAGGCGUUCUAAGCAUGCAAUUUAUGAUUGAACUUGGAGAGGCUGCUUUAAGUUCUGAUGGGCCGGGCAGGGCACCUCAAGCUCUGGGGGGAGGUACGCUUGGUAAUGUCAGUUUUGUGGACUUUCGAUUCGUUCCGUUGGUUGAUGACGACGAGGAAAAUGACGGCGAACCCGAAUAA